UAGAACCAUCGCUAUAGGUCGCAGGGCGCACGGCAAACGGACGAGAAAGGAGAGGGACGCGCGUAUCUGCCGGCGUGUGCGUGCGUGUUCGCGCGUUUUCGUGUACGUGUGACCCGAUCACGUACAAACGGCGGGCUACUCUACUCCAUAGGUGCCAAGGAUGUUUCUAGGCGCAUCGCGGACGUUCUAACAGAAAAUUGGCUUUUUUUUUUUUUUUUUUUUAUCAAACUCGUUCGUUCCGUUUUUUCGACUCCGAUUCUUCUCGUCGAAAUAAUUCGGAUAAACUUUUCUGACAUCAAAUACAACACGCGCGACAAAUGCGAAAAUAGAUUUGUUUUUUGUUAAAUGCAAAACACGCUGCAAAACUUUUACACAGCAUUGCAAUCACGUCUGCGAAUAGCAGACGUGGAGAAAAGAGAGACACGUGGUGUUUUAUUUUGCAGACUCAUGGAUCCGGGAAUUCUGUCAAGACUGAUACCCCAGAACAAGGAGCACAUACGACCUGCCUGUAAAAAAUGCGGCUACGCCGGACACUUAACCUAUCAGUGUCGCAAUUUCAUCAAAAUCGAUCCCAACAAGGAGAUAGUGCUCGAUGUCAGCAGCACGAGUUCGGACAGCGACGAGAAUUACGUGACUCCGUUGACGGAGCUGCGGGAACGUGAACUGAAGAAGAAGCUCAAGGAGGCCAAGAAGAAGCGCAAAGAAAAGAAGGCCAAGAAAAAACGCAAGAAACGCGAGAAGACAGACAGCAGCAGCAGCAGCAGCGAGUCAGAAUCCGAGUCGGAAUCGGAGUCCGAAACUUCCAGCGACGAGAAAAAAAAGCACAAGCACAAGAGGAAAAAGAAAAGCUCCAAACACAAAAAGCGCAAGAAACGCUCCAGAAAGGACGAUUCGUCUGACAGUGACAGGAAGUGAAUUGCCAGUGAUCGAAAAAUUUAAUUCCGAUUUCGAAGAAUUGCAACAAAUUUUCCUCGCGAUUGCAUGGUUCCACGUGCGAGAAACUUCUACAUUCAUUCUAUAGUUCCGUUUGUCAUUGAAUAUUAAACAGUGUUAUACAUGACAAACAAUAAGUGUGUUUAUUUACAUAUUUAUGAUGAUGAUGUAGCAGACUUUAGUAUUUCUAUUUUACAGCUAGUAUCUCUAUUUUACAGCUGUUUUGUUUUUUUAAGUCAUUAUAUUUAUGUAAGUAAAUAUAUAUACACGAACGUAUAUACAU